GUAGUUUGGGGAGUGGGCCUGGUGGUGGGGGCGAUAGCAGGGAAAGAGUUGGAGCAGUGCCAGCGGCAAGCGAACAAGGUGAUGGAAAUCAUGCUUAACAACUUUGACAAGGUCCUGGAGCGUGAUGGGAAGCUGGCCGAACUGGAGCAGUGUUCAGACCAACUCCUGGAUAUGAGCUCAGCCUUCAGCAAGACAACAAAGACCCUGGCCCAGAAGAAGUGCUGGGAGAACAUCCGUUGUCGGAGCUACUUGGGGCUAGUGGUGGGUGGCAGCCUACUCAUCAUCCUGAUUGAGCGGCUGGCCGUCUUUCUCCCUCAGAGCAAUGACAGCAGUAAUGUCCCACAGACCCAGGAUGCAGGCACCACCUCAGGGCCUGGGGACUGACUCAGCUGGUCCUGAGGGAGAAGCCAAAUGGCUGCACUGGCUGGUUCCAGUCUCCAGAGAACCUUGGUGUUUGCUGACCCUUGGUGUUUGCUGACCCCUGACCCACCCCAGUGAGUGCCAAAGGGCAGCCCCAACAUGUGCACCCCUGCAUUUCCUGUCACGCCAUAGAUUGGCCCUCGAGGGCACCCUGCCAUACUGGCCAUGCAGGGCCAGCCCCACCUGAAGCUCAGUAAAAGCUGAUUAAAAAAAAAAAAAAAUUUAUGUAUAGAUCAAAAUAACUACAAGAGUGGAAAUUGAAUAUUCCUAACAAAAAGAAAUGAUACAUGCUUAAUGAGUUUCACAACUACCUUUAUUUGAUCAUUACAUGUUUUAUACUUGUAUCAAAAUGGUACGUGUACUCCAUAAAUAUGUAUAACUAUUAUGUUGCCAUAACUAAAAAUUUAAAAUUUAUAUAAAAACAGUAUUCCAUAGGACUACCAAACUAGGGAAAUUACUGCCCCCAUUUUCUCAUUAGAUUUUUCUUCACUAGAGUAGUAUAACAUGGCCGAGAAUUUGGGCUUGCUCAGCUCUCCACCCUGACCGGCCGAAUGACCUUGGAUAUGUCAUUUAACCUAUAAGCCACUGUUUUCUCAUCUGUCAAAUGAAGAUAAUAGCUGCAUUAUAGGGUUAUGAGGAUUAGAUGGUAAUUUCUGUAAAGUAUCACACAGUGCCUGGGAUAUAAUAUGAAAUCAAUGAAGUGUAGUGGUUAUUUUUACUUAUUAUUAUACAUACAUUUUUUAUUAUUUCCUUAUGACAAAUUCUCAGAAGUGGGAUUGCUAAGGUAAAAAUAUUAGUAUUGUAAAGAUUUUUGAUACAUAGUGCUAUCAAAACUCUUAGGUAAAAAAUACUCUUGGUUUUAUAAGCCUACCCCUUCAGAAUGUUGUACUAAUUUGCACUUGUAGCCUCAUCAUAUAAGAGUAUGAGUUUCAUCGCUUCUCGGCCUUUUGGCUAAGAUCAAGUGUGGAGUAUGAGUUUCUUGGGAUUCUCACCCAUACUUGAUAUUAUUAAAAUAUUUUUUGCCAAUUUGAUAAGCAGAAGGUUGGCAUUUAGUUUUUUCUUUAGCUACAUUUCAAUGACUAAAUGCUCAAAUUUAAGAUUUUUCAAAAUGUUUUGCAAUGACAAUAAUCUGAAACUGAAAAAUAUCUAACACAUUAAUUUUUGUUAAAGAUGUGUGGUCUGAAUUAGUUAAUUCAUAGAGCAUCUUUACAUACCAUUUUAUUACUUAAACCAACAGGUAAGAGAUUUUGUUAGUAGAGAGGGCUGUUAGGCUUGCUUUAAUGAGUACAUGAGAUUUUAUUAUAAUUAUACUAUUGCCUCUUUUUCACAAAUGGAUGAUGCUAAAAUACAUGAAAGUAGUUUAUUCUCAAUUAAUUUAAAAUUCACCUUGUACUUCUCUUAAUUUGCUUAUUAGUGAAUCCUUUCUCCAUGGAUAAACUCCUCAACACUGCUGAAGUAUGUAUGAGGUAUUGUCCUCACGUUCUGGGGGGUAUACCAUAUGUUCCAUUAAGAUAUUUGAAGUAUUCACAGACCUUCCCCUUCUCCCCUAUUUUAUGUUUGCUUCCCAAACUUCAUUCUAUUUUUAAAUUUUAAUUCCUUCAUCCAUUUUUGCAUCAAUACUUUUUUAAAAAUCUAUUUUACUAGUUCUAUUCGUGCCAUUAAAUGAACAAAAGAAGAAAGCAGAAUUUGAUUUUAACUAAUUACCUAAUCUUGAUGCUUUCUGAGUAUACAAUCAGUAGAGAUGAAGUAGAAAAAUCAGAUAGAACUAAAUUGAACAAAAUUAAGUUAAACUACCAGUGAUUUAUAAAACUGUACCCAUUAAUAACAUGAUAUAGUCUUAUUUUCAAAGGAUUGAAAAUUAAUGGAAGAAAUUUUCCUUUCCACUAGCUUUGCAAGAAAGAAAUAAUCUUCUUUGAAUAUCCUCCUGUAAAUCCCACUGCAAAUUGUAGUCUGCACAGAACAGAAUCGUGAUGCCUAAUCCUCCUCUUUUCAUGGUUUAGUCUAUACAAAGAGCAGAGCUGGAAAUUGGAUCUUUUGACAGCAGUUACUAAGCAACAGAAUUUGGAUGUUUUUGGUUAACAUCCUAAUAUAUAAUGUAGCUGAUUUGUUGAAGUUUUUGCAUGUAUUAGCUGAGAGAAGUGGGCACUUCGGAAGUGACUACAGGUCCCUGUAUGGCUGGGGGUGGGCAUUUGUUGUUGUUUUGUUCAGUACACUGUGUCCUUUGGCACUUGUAUCUCUUUGGCAUAGAAAGGAGGCUGAUGUAGAACUUUCAGACCUUGUGACUUUUUAUAUUAUUAAGAAUACCCUUCUCUGUGGCUCACGAUAUGUGAAAAUGUAAGAUUUUUUCCUGAAAAGCAAGGAGAACAAAUAAAGGAUUUUAAGGUCAUUCCGGGAAGCUUUAGAGCUUUGCCAAAAGUUUAGGUCCACUUCCUGAGGCAGUUUCAUUAGCAGACAGCUAAUGUUUGCUUGGUCUACUCCCAAGUUAUUUUUAGAAAUUAGAGAUUAUUACUGAUAGCACCCAUUUGAAUUUGCUCAUUUACGUUUUUAUAUGCUACCAAAUGUGAUUAGAGUAUGCUUUUAACUAAUCGCUGACAGAUUUACUGCAUUAGGGAUUUUCUAAGCCAUCAGAUUCCUACAGUCAUCAGAUUUCUACUAACUAGGUACUUCACGGUAAGCACUUCAGAAUUGAGAUGAAGUCUUUCAGCCCCCAGAAGAACCAGAGUAUUUGGCUUUGCUUACCUAAGGGCACUAAGGAGGUCCCAGAGGAUGGAGGGCUGAAUCUCCUGAGAGCAUGCUUGUUGUGGCUUGUGAUCCCAAAAGGCUGGGAUUAAUGGAACUAAUGCUGGUGUGCUCCCAUUUGCACUUGUGUAGACUGUGGAGCCCAUAGCUGCUGCCCCCGUCCCACACACAGGUGGCUCCCCACUUGUCUGAAGAUCCCAGGAGUGGGCUCUUUGACUUAAGAGCUUGCUGUGUCCUUGAGCACCAUAUUCAGACCUGCCUCUAAUCCCUGCGUGGCAGAACCCCGCUUCUCCUGUCCCUCAGUGCUCAUGGAGUGCAUGUGGCACACUCUUGCCUUAAGCCCAGGCUCCCCACACUCUAGGUUGUCUCUCAUGCCCCUCCAGCCUGUGUCAUACCUCCACCUUUGUAUGCAAGAGGGGUUACAGUUUAAUAUGACAAUCUCAUUAUGUGCACAGGUGGAUAUAAUGGGCUUCUGUGUUUUCUAGAGCUGCUCUUCCUUCCUUUAGAGUAGACCUCCCGUUAUUUCAUGAGACACAGGCUGACUGAUGCCACUCUUUCCCACAUUGUUUCCUUCUUCAGUUCUUUCUUUUUUUUUUCUUUAGCCUUCUCUUUCAGACUUCCCACCUAACUUUAAGACCCUAUAUAUAUGUCGAUAAUUUUACCUGUUCUACAGGAAACUUUGUAAUAAAACUAGGCUGACUGUACAUUCUUAAGAUUAAUUUUGGGGGGGAGUCUGUAAGAUAUGGUUCUUACCUUCUUACUUCCAGCCUCAGCCAUCCUGGUAUCUUCUGUGUUGGGGCAUCUUUGGAUCUAGAGCAAGCACUGUGUUACCUGCUGUGUGCUAUAACUCACGGUGAGUUUGGCACUUCAGUUGUACUCGUCUGACCAGGGCAGUUUGUACAAUUUUACUUUUCUCGCAUCUUUCUUUCCAGUAUGUCUCCUCCUUCUGGGAUUUAUCUACCUAAAGUUGUGGUGCAGCUUCCUGGCCUAGUAUGUAAAUAUCUCACUUGGAUUUUACUGUGGCAGCUAACCUCAUGUACUUGCCAGCCAACUCUGAGUAUCUUCUUAGUGAGAAUUCUGCUGGGGCCUGGGCCAGAAAGGGUGAAAGGGACUAAGGGACUGAGGAGACUAGGCAGAAAUCGUGGAUCCUGGGAAGAGUUAUGAGCACAGGUUGCACUAGUGACUAGAUAAGGAAGAAAAUUUACGUGUGAGAAGAGAAAGGGGUGUGUGUGUGUAUGUAUUUAAAUUAGAGCAGAGUAGCUACCCAGAGGAGUUUCAGUUGACUGGUUACCUGAAACUAGUCAAGUUACAACUGGGAUUGCACAGCCUUCGUCAUGGUCGGUGUGUUAAUAGAGCUUGCUGUGAGUGAACCUCUCCUUCUGAUAGUAAUUAGUACAGAGACCGACUGCAAAAAACAAAAACAAGCGUCACUACUUGAUAUUAAGUGACUGCUGCAGGUAUUUUUCCUCUGAAAUGUUGUGUGUAGGCCAUGCAGUCAACUGUGAAGUGAUUUGAAAUGCUUUGUGAAUUACAAUAUCUGAGAUAAGUUGGUGAGACUACAUACCAUGUAGCAAGUCAUCAUCAGUUUAGACCUAAGCAAUGUCCUGAGUAAGGUCCUUGCAGCCAUAUAAGCUGUACAUUGUUUUGAGAAGGAAAAACAUAGAACUACUGCAACCAGCCAGGCUGUGGUGUCCCAGGUCCCUAUGGCUCUAAUCCAUGAUCUCACAGCCUGAUGGUCAGAGUUACAUGCUUGCAUCAGAGCUUUUAGUAGAAUUCUGAAGAAUGUUUUGAAAAGCAAAGCAUUAUUUUCAGUGAUUCCUUAAAAUUACCUGAGUUUAUAAAAUGCCACAUUGGCUGCCCUAUUGGUUCCGUCUUCAAAAAAAGUAGCAAAGAACCACUGUAGAACUGCUUCUGAGCUUUUCAGUUGUCUCGAAUGUACCAACUCAAAGACAAAAGGAGCCAUCAUUAUGUAUCAAGAGACAGAAAUAAAUACCCUAUUCUCAUUUUCUCUUUUUCUGUGUUUGGGGAGGAGAAGAUAAAAGGCCCUUCUCUUCUUGCUCUUUAAUGUACUUGUGAUCCAUUUUCAAACCAGCUUCACCUCUGUGUUUUAUUUCAGUUGCCAAAUCAGGACGGAUCCUUGACUCCAGUUUUCUCUUUCAUCACCACACCCAUUCAUUCACCAAGUUCUUUCAGUUCCUCCUCCUAAACAUCUCUAGAUUCUGUCCACUUAUCAGCACACCCACUCCCUGGCCACCAUCAUUUCUCACUAGAAUUCUACAAUCUCAAUUAACUAUUAUUCCCCUCUAAUGCUUUUCUAUACAAUCAGGAAAAUGUUUCUAAAACAUAAGCCUGACAUGUCAGUCCAUUGCUUAUAACCCUUUAGUGGCUUUUUAUUGCCUUUACAAUAAAAUUUUAACUCAUGAAAUUUGUAAGACUCUUUAUGUCCAAAUUCCUUCAUCACCUCUUCUAAUUCAUCUCGCCUACCACUCCACUGACAUUGACACCAACACCACUUUAUUUUAAUUCUUACUGACCGUUCCUACAGUGUUCCUGAAUGUUCACAUCUCUGUGUCUCCUAAUUUUCAGUAUAUACUCCUUAGGACACUUUCUUCCACCUUUCCACUGGUUGACUGUUGUUCAUGCUUCAAGUCUCAGGUUAAGUGUCACUUACUAAAUUUAAGAGACUGUCCUGACUCCCUAAGUCCAUUUAAGAGUCAAGAUAGGCUGAGUUAUGCUGCAUGAAAGAAUAACCCGAAAAUCUCAGUGGCUUAACACAACAAAGUUUAUUUUUUAUUGACACUACUAUGUCUCCAUCAUGGCUCAGUGAUUUCUGUUCAUUGUAUUUUCUCAGAGACUCAAGCUAAUAGAUAAUAGAGGCCCCGUCUUACAUCUGAUUCCAUGAUAGCCAAGGCAGGGAAAGGAGUAUGGUGAAUCAUGCAGUGACUCCUAAGGCUUCUUUCAGAAAGGGGUAUAUUUCCCCUCAUAUUUCAUUAACCAAAGCAAGCCCCAUAGUUAUGCCUGACUUCCAAGGCACUGGGGAAAUACUGCCUACCCUGUGCCCCCAUAUCAUCUUGUAUUUCCCCUAGCCUAAUAAUGUCAUGCUUUGUUAUAAUUACAUGUGACUUGCUUCCCCAACUCUAACUUUUGUGAAAGUAGGAUCAUUUUUGUCUUAUUUAUUCUCUGCAGUGCCUUCAUUAAUGCUUGGUACAUAGUAAGAAUUCAAAAAUAUUUGUUGAAUGAGUGAAUGAAUAAGGCAGCACUCCAAGACUCAAUCCUUAGGCCUUUUUUCUUCUUCUUCUACCAUUUCUCCUUGAAGAUGGCGUCCUCUGUCAUGGUUUCAGCAGUCACUGCCCUGAGAGUGAUUUCCAUUCCCUGACUUCAAUCAGAUAUCUCCAACUUCCCCCUUAAUAUUUCUACUUGCAUUUAAAAUGUGUAAAUUUAUUCUUUUAGUAAAUACUUCUUAGUUACUCUCUAAUAAGGCAUUAUAUUAAAUGAUAUGAGGAUACAGAGGUAAUUAAGACAGUGCUUGCCAUCUGAGGGCUUGCAAUCUAGUAUAAUACAAAAAUAGUACAAUGAAUCAAUAAUAUAUAUAGGUAAUAUACAAAAUCCUGUGCCAAAGGAGAAGACAAGUGAUUUAUGGCAAGAUGGAACUGGAACUUGUGUUGUUUCAACCAUUGAACCUAUAGAGCAGACAUCAUUACUGAAUUCUGUUCUGUGCUGGGCACUAGACAUAACAUGAACAGAGUAAAGCUUUUAUCCACCUCACAGUCCAGUGGGGAGACAGAUAGCUUAGGACAAAAGGAGAGAUGGGGUUUAGACAGAGUGUGGGAGGGUAAUUAGGGGGUAAAGGGAUGGUGCAUAGGAAAACGUUUUCACCAGAGGGGUUGACCUGAUUAAAUAUCUGGAGAAAUUGUCAGUAUUUAUGCCAGGAAAGAUGUAAGGAAGGAACUGAAUCAAGAUGGUCACAGUGAGACUCUAUUAUGGUAACUUAAUUGUUAGGAAUACUUUAAAAACCAAGUAUACACAGGUUGUUUUUAAACCUAACAUGAAAAAUGGUUAAUAUCAUGAGUUUGACUUUAUUUCUGUACCUAGUUAUAAAUCUUCAAUGGUUAAAAGAUACCCAGGAAGGAAUAUAUGCCAUUCCAAGCAAGAUGUUGGUGCGGGUUUACUAUCUUGGUGUACUGAGGUUGGUUACCAACCAGAGAGAUGGGGCUGGGAUGCAGAAACUAAUUCUUACGCAUGACACCGAUGAGAUUUCCUGAGCCCCACCUGUUGUCUAUGGAAUAGGACUUUCAUUUCCAAAAAGGCUAGUCUCAAGGCCUUGAGUACUUCUAUUCAAUUUGCAGAUAAGCUAAUUCUUCUAUCUGGUUUGAAAAUUACUAUAUCCUUGGCAGGCUAAAACAGUUCCUUCACUGCUUAAUUUCAUUCUCAUUUCCCUGACCAUCUUAAGACAGUGCAUUCUUAUGUUUUUUCUGGUUUUAUACGUGCAUCUAUCUGAUUCUUCAUACUCAACCUUUAAUUCUUUUGUAAGCUCUUUUACCAUUAUGGUCUGAUUUGAGCUGACAGAAUUCUCAUCUUUCAGUGUUACUUCUGCUUAACAGAGCCACAAUUCUUACAGAUAAUAAAAUGACAUCUAGUUUUAUUUUACACAUCUCUUGUGGCUCCAUCUAGCUCUUGAGUCAUUACACUAAAGUCCUGCUCCUGAAACAGAUACCAGAGACCAGUGUGAUAGAAGUGAUGGGAUGUGUCAGUUGAUUAAUGAUCAGCUAGUCCCCAUCCUGCCCAGGUGUGACACACACAGCUGUUAGUGCUGAAAACAGCCUUAGCCUGCUCUCUGUUCAGCGGUGAUCCAGUGUGUCAAUUCUAAUUUAUUAUAGUCCAAAGUGUUGGUGUUUUCCUGUGCUUUGUUUAGUAUUGCUAGAGAAGUAACUAAACUUCUUGGAAAUUGUCGUAACUAUGGAGGACAGUGAGAUAAUAAAUGACUUU